UCAGAACACACACCAAAGCUAGAGUAUACAAUAAUGAUUUCUAAAAUAGAGUGAGAGCGCAAUGCCCAUUUGUGCCAUCACAAUGUUAUCUAUUUGGUUGUUCUUAUUCUCAUACAUGUCUACGACUUCUUCUUCCUUAGACAGUUUAGCAGUGAGUGAAUCCAUCCAAGAUAUUAAGAACGUGACUUUGGUUUCAGCAGGUGGAAUUACUGAACUGGGUUUCUUCAGUCCACGAAAUUCAGCAAGAAGAUAUUUGGGAAUAUGGUACACAAAUGUAUCCCCUUUCACUGUGGUAUGGGUGGCAAACCGAAAUAAACCUCUUGAGAAUAACUCAGGAGUUCUCAAACUCAACCAAAAAGGGGUUCUUGAGCUGCUCAAUGCCACAAACAACAUCAUUUGGUCAUCACCCAACACAGCAAGCAAUACAGUGAAUGAUCCAAUAGCUCGUCUUUUGGAUUCUGGAAAUUUUGUAGUGAGAAAUGGAGGGGAAACAAAGGAGGAUAGCAUCUUGUGGCAGAGUUUUGAUCAUCCGGGUGAUACACAGAUGCCAGAAAUGAAGCUUGGAUGGAACCUAGAGACUGGUGUGGAAAGAUAUAUAGCAUCUUGGAAAAGUGAUGAGGAUCCUGCAGAGGGAGAAUAUGUUGUAAAAGUGGAUCUUAGAGGAUAUCCUCAAAUAUCGAAGUUCAAGGGAACUGAUAUAAAAGCAAGAGCAGGGUCAUGGAAUGGCUUAUCUCUGGUUGGAAAUCCUAUUCCAGCUCGUGGUACGUCUGCAAAAUUUGUGUUCAAUGAAAAAGAGGUGUAUUAUUGGUACAGUCUUAGUGAUGAAUUGGACUUCUUUGUGUAUACACUGACCCCUUCAGGCACGGGACAAAGUUGGUUUUGGACAACUGAAACAAGGACACGGCAAGUGGUUUCAAGUGGGGAGGAAGAUCAAUGCGAGAAUUAUGCCUUUUGUGGUGCAAAUUCUGUAUGCAUUUAUGAUGGUAACUUUCCAGUUUGUGAAUGCCUAAGAGGGUAUGUUCCUAACUCUCCUGAUGAGUGGAAUAUAUCAAUUUGGCACAAUGGCUGUGUGCCAAGGAAUAAAUCUAACUGUACGAACAUAAACACAGAUGGCUUCUUGAAAUACAUGCACAUGAAGUUGCCAGACACUUCUUCAUCAUGGUUUAAUGCAACCAUGAACCUUGAUGAAUGCAUGAAGUUGUGCAUUCAAAACUGUUCUUGUACAGCAUGUGCAAAUUUAGAUGUCAGUGAUGAAGGAAGUGGUUGUCUGCUGUGGUUUAAUGAUUUGGUUGACAUGAGGAAUUUCUCUCAAUGGGGACAAGACUUUUACAUCAGAGUCCCUGCUUCCGAAUUAGAUCAUGCUGGCCAUGGAAACAUCACCAUAAAGAUAGCAGCAAUUACUAUUGGUGUGAUUAUUUUCGGAUUAGUCACAUGUGCAUGCAUAAUUAUAAGAAAAAAUCCAGGGAUAGCUAGAAAAAUUUACAGCAAGCAUUACAAAAUUAAGCAGAAAAAGGAAGAGCUUGAAUUUGCAACUUUUAAUUUUCCGGUCAUUGCUAAUGCUACUGAAAACUUUUCAACCAAAAACAAGCUUGGUGAAGGUGGCUUUGGACCAGUAUACAAGGGCAUACUGAUAGAUGGACAAGAGUUGGCAGUGAAAAGACUCUCAGAGAAUUCUGGACAAGGGUUAGAAGAGUUCAAAAAUGAAGUAGCGUUGAUUGCAAAACUUCAGCACCGUAAUCUUGUAAAGCUCCUGGGUUGUUGCAUUGAAGGAGAAGAAAAAAUGCUAAUUUAUGAAUACAUGCCAAACAAAAGCUUGGACUUCUUUGUUUUUGAUGAAACCAAAAGGAAGUUGCUAGAUUGGCGCAUGAGAUUCAACAUUAUCAGUGGCAUUGCUCGAGGACUUCUCUAUCUUCAUCAAGAUUCUAGACUAAGGAUUAUUCACAGAGAUCUUAAAACCAGCAAUAUUUUACUAGACACAAAUUUGGAUCCCAAAAUAGCAGAUUUUGGCUUGGCUCGAUCAUUUUUGGGAGAUCAAGUUGAGGGAAAGACACAUAGGGUGGCUGGAACAUAUGGAUACAUGCCUCCUGAGUAUGCUGCACGUGGACAUUUUUCAGUAAAAUCAGAUGUGUUUAGUUAUGGUGUGAUAGUACUAGAGAUUGUAAGUGGGAAGAAAAACAGGGAAUUUUCAGACCCAGAAAACAACAAUAAUCUUCUUGGCCAUGCAUGGAGAUUGUGGACUGAAGAGAGGGCACUCCAACUGCUUGAUGAAUUGAUAGAAGAACAAUGCCUAGAGUCUGAAGUCACACGAUGCAUACAGGUGGGGCUAUUAUGUGUGCAACAAAGACCAAACGAUAGACCAGACAUGUCAUCAGUGGUUCUAAUGUUGAAUGGUGAAAAAUCAUUACCAAAGCCAAAGGUUCCUGGCUUUUACACAGAAUCAGAUGUUACAACCAAAACAAAUUCUUCAUCAGAAAAUCACACACUAUGCUCAGUUAAUGAACUUUCCAUCACAAUGAUAGAUGCAAGAUAGGAAGUGGAAGCAAGAAAAUGCCAUGGCUUCACCUUCCAACGUAGGAUAUAUCAAUUUUGUCCGUUUUGGGUGGUUUUCUCUUUAAAAGACGUUGAUAGAAUCAAGAGAGAAAGAUGUAUUUAAAUUAUUUUUUUGUCUCAAUUCUUAAAACGAUGUAAAAUUAUUGACUGUACCUAAACAAAUACCAAGUUUUAGGUUGAGAACAUUGAAGCCAUUGAAACUUGUGUAUUUGUUGAUGAUAACCAAAUGUAUACUCUGUCAAUUUGUAGCGA